GCGACCUGCGGUGAUUACGCGCACCUGCUUUAUGAGCAGCACGUGCAUAGGUUGGUUGACAUCCGUUUUCACCGCAAAGUUCUCUCUCAAAUGUUGGUGGAUUUGUUUACUAUGGCAGAAACUAUUGUGCGGAUGUCAGUCGUACUUUAUAAUCUGAACACUUUUCUUUUACUGCAUCUUGUGAUCUGUGGUCGAUCCCUACGAUCAUCCCCUUCAACGAGAAACGGAUUAAACAACUUUGCCGACUCCUCUCUCUUUCAACAUGGAAAUAUAUUAUCCCCCCUUUUGAGGGCAUUGUCGGAACAAGAUGGAGAGCACUGGCGACAUGUAGACCCAAACCCGAAGCAGCGAGCGGAGCCUAGACAUGUUCGGUACAUGAAAAGACUGUACAAGAAGUCCGUUAGCCAGAAGGGUGCAGCUGGGACUAACCCGCUGUUCAACACAGUUCGUCUCAUAACCCCAAGAGACGAAUGUCUCGAGCGGAGCAAAGAGAUCUUUAUGCAAGACCUCUCCUUCAACCUUGAGCAGGUGAGAGCCAAAGAACAACCUAUGAAAUCUGUGCUGCUCUACUCUUUUGAGCGCCCAAGCCUGGUUCCAUCUGUCUGCCACCUGUCAGUGCAGCAGCAGCAGGCAGAGCAGUGCCCCCUCGGUCCCGAGGCACAGCAUGCCUCCAGCUUUCUGCUGGGGAGGGGGCGCCGACCAGCGAGCAGAAGCAGGUGGGUAGAGGUGGACGUCAGCUCCUUCCUACUCCCCCUCGUACAGGCCCACCAGAAAGACAUUCAUCUCCUCAUCAACCUGACGUGUGCUGAGGAAAGAGGGGUCAAGAUGUCCAGAGGGGGCUCUGUGGAGAUGACCCUGAGGUCACCGUCUCUGCUGUUAUAUCUCAAUGACACCAGCGAGCGGGCCUCCCACCACCGGGCCCCCGUGCCAGAUCAGAGGUCAGCAGGCUGGAACCGGUUUGAAACCCAGAGGGACUCCGAGGCAGAGCGCUGGGUGGGGCAGAACACGGGCCGGCUGAGGAGGAGUGCAACCAGAAACAGAGCAGCUAAAGCCAGCCUCCCCGAACUCAAGUCCACCUACGACUUCCCCACUAAUGACUGUGCUUUGUACGACUUCCGGGUGACCUUCAGCCAGCUGAAACUGAACCACUGGAUCAUCUACCCUCACUGGUACAACCCCAGGUACUGCAAGGGAACUUGCCCUAGAACCAUGGGCUUCAUGUACGGCUCCCCGGUCCACACAAUGGUGCAGAGCAUCAUCUACGAGAGACUGGACGCCUCAGUGCCAAGGCCUUCCUGUGUUCCCUCAGAAUACAAACCCAUGAAUGUAAUCACGGAGUACAACGGCAUCAUCACCUACAAGGUGUACGAGGAGAUGAUCGCUACUCGCUGUACUUGUCGCUAACAUCCAAGAGUGACACAGUGUGACGACGUUGUUUUAGUUUUACAAGCAUAACAUACAACUUCCUGGCAGCUUUGAAUACAGGAGGGAUCCUCGUCGUUCUCACGUGGCUCACGUGGCUUUCACCGGAAUCAGAUAUGCGACACUAACAAGCCAGCCUCAGUGAUUUCAUACAUUGUAAAACCAUCUUUGCGUGAAAUUGUAUUUAUCUAGAGCAGAUGCAUUUACUUCAUCCAGUGUUUUCUUUGCCAAGCACUGUGUUAAAUACUGGAAAAGUUAUUAGCAAAUAUUAGGAUUAAUUUUGCUUUUGUAGUGACGUGAUGGCAGGAAUGUUGUUAACACAUAUUUUAGUGCAUCCGUCUUGUUUUGUUUUGCGAUGUGGUGUUGCAGCUGAAGACACAUGAAAAUAUUAGCAAAAUGAUUAUGUUUAAAAUAUAUUUGUUUAUUUAUUUUGGGUGGGGGGUUAUCGUUUAUUACUUAAAACACAAUCUGCUAAUUUUAAGUAGGCCAAAUCUGUUCUGGACUAAAUCUAAAAGUGGUUCCUGUUCUCUGACCGAAACACUUUUACAUUUUAUUCCUUGGGAUUGCAGUUGUCUCAUGGACAACCUCUUUUCAUAACAUCCAAAAAGAACGUUUCAGUGUGUAUUUAUUACCUUUGGUCAUGAAAUGGCUGCAUACCAAUGAAUUUGUAUUGACGAAUUUAACUAACUAAAUGCGUGUCAUGAACUAUUUAUGCAUCAAAUGAAUUUACUCUAAGCUCUUGUUCCGCUGCUGAUUUUAUAGGGUCUACUCUGUGGAGACUAGAAUAAACAAACUGCAUAGUUCAU